CUGCUGUUGCCGAGGCUUUGGUAAGAGGCGGUGCUGAUGUGGCCCUGAUUAUUCAUGCAAUUUUCUAAACAAACGCCCAAGUGUUUUAGUUAAGUGCACGGCCUGGGAGCCUGAGAAACAAGUAGGCUGUGUGCGGUGGGUAAGAGACACCGUUCAUGCGUCUGUCGUUUCCCCCGGGUGUUCACAAACAGCACCAGUCUGAGGAAUCUCGGCACAACUUUACGCUCUUACCAGCAAAAACCGGCUACAUGACCGAGCGAAUAAACACCCCGCACGACAUCCUGGCUUUUAAUUUUGGGAAUAUUUUAUAAUUUGGAUAAAUAUUCGAUGUUUAAAAUGCGUCUUGGCACCGCGCUGCUAUUUCUCACCGCAGUGGUGUCUCCUCUUCUGCUGGAAUGUACCCCAACAUGUCAGAUGGAAAAUCUAAAUGGACAUGUUGAAGGAGGCUGUUCUGUCAAACUGACCCCAGGCCCUGUCCAGCUUCCUAAUACUUCCCACUCUUAUUCUCAAUGUGUCACUGUCCGUGUUUGGAUGACGACUGAUGACUUAUGUAGGGGCCCCAAGAUUGAAAUCCAUUCAUCAUUUGUAGAGAUAUUUAGCCCAACCAUGAACAAAAAGAAAAAGUGUAGCAAGAGAAAUCUUCAUACACGGGUAAAGUGCGUCGCACAGCAGUCGACACAUGGAAACACCAGUGUUACCAUGGUAGGAAUCACCAGUGUUACCAUGUGGGUGUUUAUGCAUAAAUGUGUCAAGGCUGAAGCAGGAAGCACUGUUUCCGUGACCUACAGUACAGCAUCAACAAGCUGCAGUGACAGUUACACGGUGCGAGAUCCCGUACCAGACUUUAAUCUGUCUGUGACUCCAUUGUCUAAAAACAUCACUGUAACCGUGGAGCCUGGGUACAAAGUGUACGCCCGAUGGUGUUACAAUACAAAUGGAGCCAUCUGCUUCGGUGGCCUCGGUGGGCCACGUUGCCUCUAUACUAUUGAUCCAUCUCAGUCUCAGUCAGCUCAUCUUAGCAUCCCUUUCCUGCUGCCCUGUCUGUGUGUGGAGGUAUUUUACACAUACAGAGAUGCCCGACGUAAUAAGAAGUGUCCAUUUCAAGAUGAACGACUUGCUGAUGUUGCAGAUGUUUGGCUCUCCUCUAAUGUCACACUGUAUGAUUCAAGUGUGAUUUGGCACUCGCUAUGUCCUGCCAGUGACCUGAAGAUCUCUGCCUCCCUCUGCUGGAGGCAACACGAACAGCUCUGCACACCUGUACUCAACUCCACGCUGAAGGGUCAAGAAGAUGGAACAAGCCUGAUAUACAACACAUCAACAGUGGACAAACACCCUCAGAUGUGUGUGCAGUUUUUUCAUCAAGGCAGAUAUAAUAUCUCAUGUCCCUUCGAGGCUGAUAUGUCUUCAUGGGAGGUGGCUAUUACACUGGGCAGACAGAGUGUGUUUGUGUCGCUCUCCUCUUCUGUCCCAGCAAUGUUCUCGGCUCAGUUGUGCGUCCUUAAUGAGAUGGGAUGUGCGCCCACGGGGCCAGUCAGCACACUAACAGUGGAGGGGAGUAUGACUGAAGCAAGGAUCAAUGUGCUUCCUCACCAUCUUGUUCUGAAGCCGUGCGUACAGGUGUGGCAGUCAGAUCCUGCUUUUCAUGGAAGAAGAAUUCUGUGUCCAGACUACACGCGCAACAGAUGUGGCUUAUACACAGUGGUAGCUUUGAUAUUUGUGAUUAUUAUUGCACUGCUGGGACGUUUCAUUCACCAGCUCACCCAGAGUGGAGCUGCAGGUUGGCUGUAUAUCCAGAAGCCAGUGCUGCUGGUGUGCUCAUCGGAGCAGUCAGCCCAUGUCUCUGCUGUGUGCACAUUAGCCUCAAUCCUGCAAGAGGAGCUAAGUGCCACAGUACACUUAGCCCUUUGGGCCCAAAGCUCACAAAGGCAGGCUGCGGCUGAGACAGGGACUGCAGUGGCAGAUCUGGGUCCUCUUCCCUGGCUCUACGGGCAGUGGGAAGUAGUGCGUAAGGCACAAGGGAAAGUGCUGAUUAUUUGGAGUCCUGAGGCCAAGAAAACCUAUGAGAAGCAGAGGGAGGAGAGGUCAAACAAGGAUAAGAAAGACAGCAACAAAGCAGAUGUGAGACAUGUGAAAAUCAGAGUAUGUGUGGAAGAGGAUUAUAAACUAGAUAGAAAAAGACUGGUUAAAUGCAAAAAAGAAAAAGUGACAGGAACUGACUGUAUUAAAUUAUAUGAUGAUGAAAACCGGUACCCACAGAAGGCGCCCUCUGCAGUGAUAACACCAGUGUUUGCAGCUGCUCUUUGCUGCCUAGAGGGGUCACUGCAGCAGUGCAAAGGUCAAGGAGUUGCUGUUGUCUAUUUUCAGGGCCUUGGCCACAGCAGGGACAUCCCAAAGGCCCUCAGAGGUAUCCCUCGCUAUUGCUUACCGCAGGACUUCAGGGGGUUAAUACAGGAGCUGGGAGGGAUGAGGAGACAGGCAACAACUGGUAAAGCUAGAUGGCACUGCUGGCCCAGACUCUUGACUAAAGUCUUGUCAAUAUGGCUGGCACGACGGCUCGCCUACAGGCUCCAAACACUGCUGCCUCAAAAUGCAGGGGCCGUCACAUCAGAAAAUGACAUCAGCUAAGACGGAGCAGGCUCAAGUUGCCACUGGGAGUUCAUGUUGCAGAGCCAUGGACUAUACAAGAGCAUGAAUCUCUCCAUGAGCGGCCAUAGGCAGCAAAGAGGCUUGAAUCUAAAGUUUCACGUGUCUGUCAGGGACAGAACUUUUGUUGCGCUGGAAACAUGAUGCGUACUCGAGACACAGGAGCUGGUGUUCCAUUGUGAGCACUUCAGAUCCCGUCACUCACUAAGAACUAUUCAUUACUUGACACCAUGUCAAAAAUGUCUCCACCUCUUUUGCAUAUCAAGACAGAGCCUCUUUAUGUUGCUCUCAUGACUGAAGCCACGGUGAACACCUGUCUUGUAAAUAUGUUAACUGCUAUGAAAAUGUAGUUGCAAAUCAUACCUCACUUUCUCUUGAAAACUUUUAAUGUUUGAAAGUGCUGUUAAAGCACAGGUGGCAAACUGUACUACUGCUGUUGACAGGAACAAAUUUGCAUGGGAGUCUUUGCUGUGUGGUAUUUGUCAUGUGUUCAAACUUUUUACAUCUUUAUUCUGAAAUAUUUUGAACCAUUGCAAGUCUACCGCUGUCUGCAGCCCUAUAAUUAAAUAUUUGUACACGUACUACCUCCUAUAUUCACUCCUGUACAGUUACAAUAUAUACAGUCAGUGAUUGUUUUCCCCUCGGAUAUACUACAUUUAUUCAUCCAGCAAAUAGUAGCCUAUUGAACAGUUGACUGAUGGUCAAGGCUAAACUGCUUUUACUGUAAGCUGUUUAUCAGCGUUCACAGUCUGUAUUUUAUAACCUGUAUAUGUUUUUCUUAAAACCGUUUUGCAAAUGAGUUCACUGAAAAACCAUGAUGUUGGCAAGACACCAGUAUUCUUAAGCUGCUUGACAGGGUUUAUCAGGAAGUAAAUUGUCAGUUGCAGUGCUUUACACUGUACGCUGAAACAACACAUCCCCCAAAACAUUGAGUGCAGCGUGUAAACGUUAGCUCUGGGACAGUAAGAAGCUGUGAUGUUGACACUGAGUUCACGCAGACAUCUUCCAUUUUUAAUAGGCUGACAUACAUUUUCAUUCGUUUUAUUGAUCUCUUUCUGAAAUGUAACUACAGUUAUCAAAUAAGUGUAGUGAGUAAAAAGUACAAUAUUUUAUUCUAAAAUUUAGCAAAGUAUAAAGUAGACAGAUCUCAGAAUUGUACUUAAGUACAGUGCUUGAGUAGGUGUUACUUUCCAACUCUGUAUAAUUGUAUGUUCACACUGGGCCACAUAAUUAUGAAAACUACCAAAUGGGUUUAAGAUCCACGAUGCACAGACUAACACACAGUUAGAACAGGUGUUAGAGCUCUAGUUAAAGAAUAAUACAGAUCCUAAUCUACAGGGGUGGACGUCAUUCGCCCUGUUCACUUAGAAGUUAAUGGUUAAACAUUAGCACUCCAGCUGAAAACAUUCAAGUAGCAAACUGCUAUAUUAAUAGCAACUGGGUGCAAAGGUGGUCUAGAAUUAAUAGGAGAACCCUGUAACAAAAUGGUAACAUGUACAAUUCCUGCACCAAUAUGUUAAUCGUCAGCAAUGUGCAAUUAUGCAAUUCACUGAACCAGCACCCACUUCGACCUGGUAAGAGUUUCAUGCACAAAAAUAACAUGAGAUGAAGGCACACUGCCAUGAGGCCCUUCACUUUCUUCACUGUUCCCAUCACCCUGACCAUAUUUGACAUUUCACCUUUUCAGCAGGUUUAUUAUUAUUACAAACUGGCCUACUGUAUGUUUACUUUAGCAUCUGAAUUUCGUUUGGAAUUCACCAGUAUAGCAUCUGCUAACAGCCCAACCCCUGAGCUGUCAAUCACUUGCAAGGAUGCGUAGAAAAAAAAUCACAGGAGCGCGACAACAAACAAGUCCUCCAACAUAAACCACUGUAGUCUUGUCACGACA